AUCAUGGAUAACCCCGCUGUGAUCAUAGACAACGGCUCGGGUAUCUGUAAAGCGGGGAUAGCCGGGGACAAUGCCCCAAGGUCAGUCAUUACAUCCAUCGUAGGGCGACCCAAAGCUAAGGCGACUAUGCUUGGGGCUGGUCACAAGGAGUACUAUAUAGGGGAAGAAGCUCAAGCUAAGAGAGGAGUUUUGAGUUUGAAAUACCCAAUAAAACAUGGCAUAGUGACUUCUUGGGACGAUAUGGAAAAGAUCUGGCGACAUGUCUAUGAUUGCGAGCUCCGUUUAAAAUCACAUGAGAGACCAGUGUUGUUGACCGAAGCCCCUCUGAAUCCCUUACACAACCGAGAAACUAUGACCGAGAUGAUGUUUGAAAGUUUCAAGGUGCCCGCAAUGUACGUAGCUGUUCAGGCAGUUCUAGCUCUGUACGCUUCAGGGCGAACAACUGGACUGGUCGUGGACAGUGGGGAUGGCGUGACUCAUACAGUGCCCAUUUACGAAGGCUACUGUCUCCCCCACGCUGUCUAUAGGUUCGACUUAGCCGGCAGAGAUAUUACCCAAUAUUUCGUCAGGAUCUUGAUGGAAGUUGGACAUUCCUUUAUCUCCUCUGCUGAGAGGGAGAUCGUGAAGGACAUCAAGGAGAAGCUAUGCUACGUGGCUAUUGACCCACAGUUGGAAAUGAGGAAGAGGCGUGAAGAUAUCCAGAAGGAAUACAAGCUGCCUGAUGGAAAUGUGAUACAGAUUCAAAGCCAGCUUUUCAGAGCACCCGAGAUACUCUUUUCUCCCGCUUGCGUGGGUUUCGAAUGUCCGGGUGUGCACAGGCUGGUCUUCAAGAGUAUCUUAAAAUGUGACAUCGACUUGCGGAAGUAUCUCCAUUCAAACGUGCUGCUCUCGGGGGGCUCCACGCUCUUUCCAGGUUUGGAUGAAAGAAUGCUGAAGGAGCUGCAGUUCCUCGCUCCUGCUGGAGUGCCGGUGAAAGUCAUAGCCCCUCCAGAGAGGAAAUAUUCAGUUUGGAUUGGGGCUUCUAUCCUAACAUGCUUGACUUCAUUUCAAGAAAUGUGGAUUACGGCUUGCGAGUACCUAGAGAUGGGAUCGUGUGUUGUUCACAGAAAAUGCUUCUAG